AUGUCUUCGAAUCCUGCCGAUACCAUGCCAACAGUGCCUACUCCGGUCGCCGCUGAAGAACCAUCCACCACCGAUCCUGGCCCGUACUACUUCGAAGGUGGACUGCGUCGCGUUCGGCCCUACCAUUAUACGUACAAUACCUACUGCAAGGAGCGAUGGAGGGACCGAACACUGCUGGAUAUUUUCACAUCCGAGUUCCGCGACCGUGAGACGGGGUACUACCAAAAAGCGCUCGAAAGCGGCAAAGUCUGCGUGAAUGGCAAAUCGGCCGGCCCUGACACCAUCCUCAGAAACGGUCAAUACAUCUCGCACACCCUCCACCGACAUGAACCCCCGGUCACGGGUAACGAUAUCGGAAUCAUUCACGAGAGCGACGAUCUCCUGGCCAUUGACAAGCCUGCCGGUGUCCCUGUCCACUCGACCGGUCGAUACCACUACAACUCCGUCAUUGAGAUCCUGCGCUACAAGUAUGAAGACAAUUUUACACCGCGGCCGUGUAACCGGCUCGACCGGUUGACAUCGGGCGUCAUGUUCGUUGGAAAGACGGCCAAAGGCGCGGACACGAUGGCCGUCAAGCUGAGGGCCCGUACGGUGCAAAAGGAGUACGUCGCGCGCGUGAAGGGCAAGUUCCCUGACGGAGUCACCGUCGUCGACCAGCCCAUCAUGUCUGUCGCUCCCAAGGUCGGGCUGAACCGUGUCCGGGCGACGGGAAAGGAAGCAAAGACCAAAUUCCGCCGACUGGCAUACUACCCUCCCCCGUCUGCGCCGGCACACCCUCCCUCUACAGAAGAGUCGACAGACCCCAAUGCCCGCCCAGCGACGCCGCCUCCGUCCUACAUCAACGAAAGCGAAGGCUACAGCGUGGUCCACUGCCUCCCGCUUACCGGCCGUACGCAUCAGAUUCGCGUGCACUUACAGUUCCUAGGCCACCCGAUCAGCAACGACCCGAUCUACUCGAACCGCCGCGUCUUCGGACCAGACCUGGGCAAGGACGAUUCGACGGCCGAUCACGACGACGCAAUCGUCGACCGCCUCAUGCAAAUGGGCCGCACCGAGCUGCCGGAGACAGUCAGCUACCGCACACACUUCACAACACCCCCCGUGCUCCCCAAGGGCACCGACUCCUCCGUCGUAGAGACAAUCCUGUCCCGCGAGCACGAGGCCGCCGUGGAAGCGUACCAGAAGCGCAAAGGCGAGCGACUUUCGGGUAAGAAGUGCGACGAGUGCGGGACGGAGCUGUACACGGACCCCGGCGUCCACGAACUCGGUAUCUUCCUGCAUGCCGUGUCGUACUCGGAUUCAGACGGCGAGUGGUCUUACCGCAGUAAGAUGCCGAGUUGGGCGCUUCCGCCGGCGAGUGCUGGGGUUGAUGGGCCGACGGAGGUCCCGGAGUGGGAGGAUGUACCGGAGGAUGAGGAGGUCGUCUAUGGGUCGGGAGAGGUUCCUGAUAUUGGGAAUGAUGAUGCGCCUGCGAGUGCGGGGGUGACGGCGUUGGUGGAAGGAGUGGGAUUGGUUGAUAUUUCAGAAGCGAGGCAAGUGGAGGAGCAGGAGAGGAGGGCAACCGCUGCUGCUGCUUCAAAUGGCGUCUAA